GAGAGAGAGAGAGAGAGAGACAUAUUUAAACAAAGCUCAUGCUCUCCAUAAACACACUCAGUCAGCAGUGGGAGCUUGAGCACUCCGUGUAAACUCAACCUGUUUCUCUCUCACAAUGUCAUUACGAAAGCAGCAGCAGGGAUGAAUCGCCCGUAGCGAUGCGCGCACACAUACACAACACACCUGGCGCGCGCUCACGCUCUCCAAGACGCACACUUCUGCACGGAACAAACGGGUCAUCACACUCCGGGUCGGGAGUUUGAAAUGAUACAACGCGAGGAAAAAAGCCAAGACAGAAAGAGAGAGAGAGAGAGAGCCGAGAAGAGUCUGAUCACAGUCUGAUGAAACAGAGAGAGAGAGAGUUGAUGAACGUCUGAUGAUGAUGGAUCUGAUGUUCUUGUGUCUGAUGUGUGUGUGCGCUGCAGAGGUUUCACACGCUCUCAGGUCCAGUCCUCUGCAUCCUUCUGAUGGUUUGUGUCGGUACAGCUGGACACAGAACUGCUGCUGGGGCUGGACGAGAAACUCGCAGGGACGAUGCACACCUGUGUGUGAGUCGGGUUGUAAACAUGGCGAUUGUGUUGGACCGGAUCAGUGCCGAUGUCAUGCGGGAUUCACCGGCAAAACCUGCAACCAAGAUGUGAAUGAGUGUGCGUUCAGACCGUGUAAGUUCAGAUGUGCAUGA